AUGGCCGCUAUCCCCGCUGCCGUUGAUCGAGCAUAUGGAGUAACAAACAUCAAAUCCCAUAUCCCGAUUAUCCUAGAUACGGACGAUCACAACUAUGACGCAUGGAGAGAACUCAUUCUCACCCAUUGCCAAAGUUUUGAUGUUGCUGGCCACUUGGACGGCACACUUGUUCCUGCAGAUGAUGUCGACACUGUGUGGACCAAGAAAGAUGGUCUCGUUAAGCUAUGGCUGUACGGAACCUUAUCCAAAAAUCUCUUAAAAAGCACCUUCAAGACGGGAGGGACUGCACGAUAUAUCUGGUUGCGAAUCGAAAACUUUUUUCGGAACAACAAAGAGGCUAGAGCCAUACAGCUUGAUCAUGACUUGCGGAACAAGGAAAUUUGA